UAUAGAUACCUGGUCGUAGAAACUAUAAAAGAUGAACUACUUCUACGACGAUGGAACUCGUAGAAUAUGACGAACUGAGUUCUUAUUUUUAGAUAUGUUGCUUACCUUACCGUUAUUUCCUGCUCAAGUUGAGCGUACUGUUAUUUUUCUUGAUGGUUCUGGUGCUCCCUGCUCUUGUUCUUUCAUCUUCUUCCUCAUCAUACUUCUUCUAUGCGCGGCCCCCAAAAAGGUCAUCAUGAUAGUGGUCCUGUUUCCAAGGACAAGUAUCCUGGGAUUUUGGAUCUUCUUCAGGACUGGUCGUUGACAUUACGCAAAAGCGGACGAACAUUCACGGGUCUCAUCUAUAACGUUGUACAGCAGAGGUGGGGAAAAGAAGUAACAUUAGGAUAAAUUUGUAUUACAGUCAAUUUAAUGAACCACAAGAACCUAAUAAACAAGGAUCACUCGUCAUAGAAGAAUUUUGAUUUAUUUUACUGAGCAGGUUUCAAGAAUGUAAGAAUAGACCGAGAAGAUUCUUUCUUGUUUCGCUUUAUACCGAUAGUACAGCACUUUUGUGUGGUGUAGUAUCUACUUCUUCUCCAUUUUUAGUAGAUGAUUUUGAUUAGUAUGGUAAGAUUCAGAUUCAUCUUGAAAUUCCCUUGACAUCAUACGUCGACUUGCUUAGAAUCCAUGCCUUUCAGUUACUCUGCUGCUCUUCAUCCGACAAGGAAGCAGGGCUUGCUGAGAUGUGCGUUGUAUGUAAGAAAUUAAACAAGAAUUUGUGAUGUCUCAGUCUCAGAAUGCUAGAUGCUCAAACAGUCACACUAGUCAUCGGUCUUCUCGAUGAAGCAAAAUGCAGUCGCCGAUCACGUUGUACAAUGUUGACGAGACCGUAAUUCCUAAUUAGAUGAAAGAUAGAUCUUGAUUUUGUUCAAUAACAUCGAGUGGAAUGUGUAGCUCCUUAGAGAUGACGUAUGAGAUGUAGUAUGUUCUUCUUGGGCUUUUGGUUCUUAUUGGAUAUGAAAACUGCCACAGCAGGAGCAGGAAAGACGAGAGAUGCGACGCUGUCUCGCACCACCUAGAGCCGAACUCAGUUUCAUUAUCUGAACUAAUUUUUCAUAGUAGUUGUAAGAGUAAGUAGUUCUUGAUCAGGACUGCUUCUUUGAGCACCUCCGUUCCCAAAGAAAUGGGCAUCCAUUAGACAUGAGUUACAUGACCACGGCAAAUGUGGAUAUAAUGAUAGAGGAUGCUGCGAAUGGAAUGUAGUCCAAUAAUUCCUUUGAUGACAACAUCAUUGUACCAGUACUUACUCGGAGCAAAGUACGGAGCGAUUUUGGUAGGUGAUAUGCCUCUGAGGCGACGGUACCAGCGGAAAAU